AAUAAAUCUUAUCUGAAACACGUACGUUCAUCCUAAACAACUCAAGUUCCUUCCAUGGCAAACGCAGCCAACCCACAUCGCACCACCAAUGACCUCAGGACACUACCAUCCUCGCACUUCCUCGUGGUAGCCUACGGCAUCCAAAGCCACAUCAACCCUGCGCAAGACCUCGCCCACCGCCUCGCUCGCAUCGACGACGACGGCUCGGUCACCUGCACGCUCUCGACCCAUGUCUCGGCCCACCGCGGCAUGUUCCCGUCGUCGCUUGCCUCCCCCGACGAGGAGACCACCGACGGCAUCAUCUCGUACGCCCCGUUCUCCGACGGCUUCUUCGGCGACAGAUCCAAGCUGAUCAGCGUGCUCUCCGACGAGGAGACGGCGCGCAGCCGCCGCGCGAGCUUCGAGAGCCUCUCGUCCGUCGUCUCCCGGCUCGCCGCGCGCGGCCGGCCCGUCACAUGCGUCGUGUGCACCAUGGCGAUGCCCCCGGUGCUCGACGUCGCGCGGAGGCACGGGAUCCCGCUGGCCGUGUUCUGGAACCAGCCGGCCACCGUGCUCGCGGCGUACUACCACUACUACCAUGGCCACAGGGAGACCGUCGCUUCGCAUGCCUCUGACCCGUCGCACGAGGUGGUCUUGCCCGGGAUGGAGCCGCUCCACAUCCAUAGCUUGCCAUCCUUCCUCGUCGAUGCGGCACACAACAAGCUGUCUCGUUUGGUCGUCAAUGGAUUCCAGGAGUUGUUUGAGUUCAUGGAUAGAGAGAAACCAAAGGUUCUUGUGAACACACUCACUGGGUUGGAGGCUGCCACGCUCACGGCUCUGCAGCCAUACUUGCAAGAAGUGUUUGCUGUUGGACACAUGCCUCCUGUAUCAACCAAAGCAAGAAUCCACAUGUUUCAGCAGGACAGCAAGAACUAUAUGGAGUGGCUUGACACACAUGGGGAGAGAUCUGUGGUCUACAUUUCAUUUGGGAGCGUACUUACAUAUAGCAAACGGCAGAUAGAGGAGAUAUUACAUGGCAUGCAGGAGUGUGGGAGACCAUAUUUGUGGGUGGUGCGGAAGGAUGGGCGUGAUGAAGAGUUGAGUUAUUUGGUGGAUAAUAUUGAUGACCAUCGAGGGAUGGUGGUUGAAUGGUGCGACCAACUCGAUGUAUUAUCCCACCCUUCCGUAGGAUGUUUUGUCACGCAUUGUGGGUGGAACUCGACAUUGGAGUCCUUGGCGCUUGGUGUACCUAUAGUUGCAACGCCAAAUUGGUCAGACCAACCCACAAUUGCACAUUUGGUGGAGGAGAAAUGGAGGACUGGCACUAGGAUGUACCGCGAUGAUGAAGGAGUUAUAGCUGGGACAGAGCUAGCAAAGGGGGUUGAAUUUAUCAUGGGAAACAGCAUGAAAGCAAUCGAAAUAAGAGAGACUGCAAAUGCUUUCAAACACAAGAUCCAUGAGGAGGCAGUCAAAGGUGAAACGUCUAAGAUAAAUCUCCAUAGCUUUGCCAAGACAAUGAUACAUUCAUGUAAGGAAAUCAAAAUAAUGUCGUCAUAUGAUAAAUGAUGUAGUGAAAAAGGAGUAUUAAUUAAAUCAAGUUUUUGUUGUCCGAAUGGAACUGUAGGAAGUUAGAACUGUUAGAUCCUCGUGAGUUGUCAACAUCUCUAAAAGGUCUACAAUCUCUCCAUUUCAUAUUACGAGAUGUUUUGUUUUUUCUCU